GACAUUUCCCGGCUCGGCUCGCACAUGUUGAUGAAUUUGUAUUUGUUUACAAAAGUACAAAUUUUACUUUCCUUAACUUUAAUUAAAAUCUAAAACGAUUUCAGAGAAAAUAUCUAACAAAAAUGGAUGAAAUCAACAUUCAAGAUAAUCAAGACUUGAAUGAAUCUUUUGACGAUGUCACAGUGAAGAAGACAAAGCGUAAAACUUUGGUAGCGCCCUGGAAAAACAUUGAAGAAUUCAAUAAAGUAUACUCCUGGAUAUAUGGAGAAAAGUCGACAAAUGAAACCAAAGUACUUGCAUGUCGACAAAUGACAGUGUGGAAGAUCCGUCGAGCAAAUCUAACCCCGGCUGCAAUUUUGGGAACUUUAGUUAUUCUGGAAAUCCAAUUAAGAGACUCAAAAAAUGACUCCACGUGUAGCGCAGAAGAACUCAAAGAACUACAAAUUCUCUACGCCAGUGCAUUCACACGAUUCUUCAACUACAUGUCCUCCAUAAUGCAAACACAGUCCCAAAACAUGAAGACCAUGUACGAAACAGCCAAGGAACUUAACUUGCGCUCAUUUGUUGUCGACCUGAGACACAUCUGUGCCCACGGGCAAGACAUGCCAUCCAUUGAAAUCCUCCGCAGUGCUUCCAAGUAUUGUCUGCGUUGGUUGGAGGAUUUCUAUUGGAAGAGUCAGAGCCACAGCAUGCAGAAUGUCGAUAUACGAGAUGUUCGCUCCAAGGACACAACCAACUUUGAGCAAAACGUCUGGAAUCUAUUCCAGUUGUACGACGCAGCCUUGAAAUGUUGUUUGAAGGGCGACAAGAUCAACAAGAAAUCUCCAAGAUGGGAGAGAUUACUUGAGCCGAUCUCCGAUCCCAAUAAAUUUAAUUUGAGUCCUUUCGAGAUUCUGGGUUUGGCUGUUAAGAACCUGGGAAAUGAAGUUAAACGAGAAAGGAACACAAUGGACCUUUCGGACGUCUACGUUGAUGCCUUCCUUCAAAUGAGAUUUUUCUUUACCUUCAUCAAUGAAAAACUUCCCGAAACCGAUGAGGAACUCGAAAAUGUCAUCCAACAUACUCAGGGACUAUUCCGAAUGUUUGCCAUCUACGAUUUGAUUGAAGACGUUUUCCGAAGUCUCUUGGCGAUUGUCGAGAAUAAUAAUAUGGAAUCACAGCGUCGAAAAGCGGCAAGUUUCUGGGCCAAUCAGAUUGUUCUGGGCUUCAUAGCUUUUCGCAGUUGUAAGGAGAUUUACAAAAUCGAAAAAGAGGAGAAUCCUACACAAAAUUUUGAUUUAAAUUCUCUUAACUUUGACAAUACCUCUAAAAGAGUUCUGCAAUUUUACGCUCGCUGUGGAAUCAAUUCUAAGACAACUCUGAUUUUCGGCGAUUCAGUUCGAAGACCAUGGGUGUGGACAUUCAAAAGGGAAUUUAUCACCGAAAGAAUUCUAUUUGUAAAUGAGUAUUCAAUUGAAGUGCUCAAGAAUGUCCUCCAUUUAGUUGAUCCACAGUUGACAGAAUCUGAGAUAAAAAGGCUUAAAACUUUGCUGGAUUUAAAUCUCAGCAAUGAAACAUUAAUAGACUGCCCAGAUGUUCCAAGUGACGACUUAAAUGAUACUGACAAUAUAUUUACACCAAAAGACGUAGUAAAUCAGCUCGAGAAUGGGAAUGACGAUGUUGAAAUGCAAGACGAAGUUGAUGAUGGUGUUAAAAAAUGCGGAGUGUGGUCAACUGUUCCAGAUUGCCAAGAUUGGUAUACAUGUCCAAUUGGAAGUCUAAUAUGGGACUAGAGCUAUUUAACUACUUUUCUUCACAUUGUUUUUAUAACGAACAACAAACUAAUAUCAUUAAAUCCAAUUGAAGUUCUUUAUUUAUUUUUGUUAAAAUGUUUAUUGAAAUAAAAAUGUGUUUUUUUUUUGUAAUGGAGUUA